UGUUUUAGUCUCUAGUUUAAGUUGACAGGGUUCUGACAGUAUCAUGUUCUGUGUGGGAACACGUGGCCAUGGUUUGUUGAUAGCUGGCCACGUGUUUUCCUUGUCCUGUCUCUUUUACCCCGCUCCCUUGUCAUUCUCAUUGGUUUGAUUGUUUGAUCCCUUGCACAUGUUCCCCUCUUGAUUUACUCCCUUAUUUUAAGCCCUUGUGUUUCUUGUCCUGUGCUCGUUCGUUAUUUCUGUUAUAGUCAAGUGUUCCAACCAAUCGAGUCUAGUUGUAUGUUAAGUGCGUGUUGUAUAUUUAUAUCCUGUUUUCUGUUGUUUGCCCCCUCGAGGGCUUUUUGUUUUGUUAUAAUUAAAGUGUUUCUUGUUCACCCCUCUACAUCGUCUUCAUUUGGUUUCAUCCGUCCGUGUUCCUGACAAAACUGUGCUUUUUUAAUUAUGCUGCUUCUCUGCGGCAUUGGAUUGUUUCUUACUACUGGACAGUACACACGUCUGGAGCCGGUUCAUGCUCUGUCAAAUAAAGAUCUCCUUUUCAAAGAGGGGAGCGCCACCUUCAAAGGAUGCUUCAAGAGGCCAGACAAUGUCACCCUGGCAUUUCCUGUUGAUGCCGUCAUUGAAAACAUAUCGGUGGAUAAGUGUGUAAACAUGUGCACAGAGAAAGAAUUCACUCUGGCUGCUUUGACUUGGGAAAAAUGUCACUGUGGGUUUCCCACUUCUCUCUUCACACUACACGAGCGUGAGGAUGAUGAACGCUGUUGGCUGCGCUGUGCAGAAGAAGAUUUUGAGAACUGUGGGAACAAUGACUACUUUAUAGUGUACCAGACACAAGUUCAGGAUAAUCGAUGCAUGGACCGACGCUUUCUACCCAUUCAUGCCGAGCACCUGAUUGCACUAGCGAGUUUCCCAGGAUCAGGGAACACCUGGACCCGUCACCUUAUUGAACUGGCCACAGGCGUUUACACUGGGAGCUGCUACUUUGAUAAAGCACUGUACAUCAAAGGUUUUAUUGGAGAAAAAGAUGACUGGCGCAGCGGUGAAACCAUAUGCGUCAAAACUCACGAGAACAGCAGGACGAUGAUCCAGGCCUUUGAUUCCAGCAUCCUCCUAAUCCGCAAUCCUUACAAAGCCCUCAUGUCCGAAUUUAACCGACAGUAUGGUGGCGGCCACAUUGGAUUUGCCGCUGAAGCUCGCUGGAGUGGUAAAGAUUGGCCGGUAUUUGUGAAGAAGAAUGCUCCAUGGUGGGCAUCCCACACACAAGACUGGCUGAAAUAUGGGAAGAAAGUGCAUGUGGUGCACUAUGAGGAUUUAAAGCGUGACGUUUUCUCUCAUUUAAAGAAGAUGGUCCUCUUUUUGGGUCUGGAGGUUUCUGAGGACCGUCUGUUGUGUAUGGAAGGACAAAAAGACGGGAACUUCAAACGCUCUGGGGAAAAGCCAGAAUAUGACCCUUACACGGCAGAAAUGCGUGCCAACAUUGAUGAGCUCAUUAAGACUGUGGACACAGAGCUGAAGAAAAGGAACCUAACUGCUGUACCUGAGGAGUAUAGACCGAGAUGAUAUCUCUUAUUUUGUUUUUUGUUUUCACUUUUAGCUUUAAUUUUUCAGUUAUACCCUUUUAAUAUUUUUAAGUUCAUUGUGAUUCCCAUUGUUUGCUUUCUGUUUUAGGAAUAUUAUGCAUUGUACAGAAGAACACAAGAUUAGAGCUCUUAUCUUCUAAUUAACAGUCAUGGAUGAUCUGAAAAAAUACACUACAUAUUUUAUUCUGGCUUAUUUAUAUGUCAAAGGUUAAAUAAUUUUAAGGUCAUGUUCUUUAAGCCACUAUAAAGUAUAUGGAAUCCACAGUGACUGUCAAUGAAUGCACCUCUCAGUAAGACAUCCUGUAUCAUAUUGCCCUUACCUGCAACCUUUGAACUACAUGACAUCAUGACCCACUACGCACUUUUCAAAUAGCAGUUUAUGCCAAUCUGUGCUCACACAA